GUAUGACAGCACUAUUUACCACACUUGUGUCAAAUUCCAUCUGCUUUUUGUUUGUUUGUUUUGUUUUUGAAUUAAUAAGCAAAUUUUGAAUUUCCGAAGAAAUGGAAAUAGAUUUUAACAAAAGUUUAGAAAAAUUACAAUGUCAAUUUCUCUGCUGUUUUCCGGUAAAUAACAUUAAGUUCGAAUUACCGAAUGCAAUUACCUGGGAUCAACAAGAACAAUUGGUUAAUAAUACAAUAGCGCACUCACUUAAUCUAAAAUUUCCUAUAAAAAUUAGUUACCAAAUAAACUUCAUUAAACGUUUGCUACAGAUUCUAGAGAAAAAUUGUUCUGAAGUACACGAUGCAGUUUAUGAACGAUAUUGUAAUCUGCAAAAACAGUUACCAAAAGAUACAACAGAAAAAUAUGCUUAUAAACACUAUUUACUAUGCAAACAUGAUGUCCAUUUAACUUUAAAGGAAUCGAAAAGUUUUGUAGCUGAAGGAACGACUGGUCUUUGUAGCUGGCAAGCGUCUUUUGCAUUAUCUGACUUCCUGCUACACAACAAAGAAAUGGUAGAAAAUAAAGAUGUACUUGAAUUGGGUGCUGGUACCGGGCUUUGUGGUUUUAUACUGACGCAAUGUUGCAACACUAGAAAAUUUCUCCUUACUGAUGGUAGUUUUGAAUGCACUGAACUAAUGCAUAAAAAUAUUUCACUAAAUUUUCCUAAUGCACGAGAAACAUCUAAAGGAUGUUUUGUGCUAGAACAUCAGAAUUUAUCUAUUUUGCAACUAGAUUGGAAGGAGAUCGAAGUAUCUGGUUUGAUAAAUAAAAUAAAACCUGCCCUAAUACUUGCAGCAGAUGUAAUAUAUGAUGACACCGUGUUUGAGGACCUUGUAAAUGCGAUUGAUUAUGUUUUUAAAUAUAUGAAUAACGAAACCAAAAUGUUGCUAUCUGCUACAGUGAGAAAUCAAUUCACUUUAAAUAAAUUUUUAAAUUUGUUAGACAAUAUGCAUUUCAAUGUGGAGGAACAGAUUAUCACAACAAUUGAGGAAAGUUAUUUAUAUUGGGAUCGUUCAACACCUGUGAGAAUAUUGUUAUUAACAAAAAAUUGUUAAAAUUCAGAUGAAAUAGAA